AUGGACGGAGCGCAGAAGCGGGGUCCCCGCCUUGGCGAUGCGGCCUCCCUCUGGAACUUCACGCCCGCCCCUGGCUGGACCAAGGAGGAGGCCCAGAUCCUGAAAUUGUGCCUAAUGAAGCACGGCGUGGGCCGCUGGAUCCAAAUCCUGGAGCUGGGCCUGCUGCCGGGCAAGCUCAUCCAGCAGUUGAACGGGCAGACGCAGCGCCUGCUGGGCCAGCAGUCGCUAGCGGCCUACACAGGGCUGCAGGUGGACAUUGACCGCAUCCGUGCCGACAAUGACAAGUUGGUGGAUGCGGAGCGCAAGAACGGGCUGGUCAUCAACAGCGGGCCCAACCUCACCAAGCAGCAGAAGCAGCAGAUGCAGGAGGAAGCCAAGGCCAAGUAUGGCCUGUCUGAGGCGGAGGUGCAGGAUGUGGAUGAGCAGCUGCAGGAGCUGCUGGCCUCGAGGCGCGUGACGGCGGCGGCGGCAGGCGGCGGCGGCCAGGGCUCGUCGCUCCCAGAGCGAGGGGCGGCGGCGGCGGGCGGGGCACGCGGGCGGGCGCAACGCGAGGCAGAGCUGCUUGCUCGCGACACUACCAGCAUGAGCAAGGAGCAGAAGAUCAACUUCCUGCUGCACCUGCACGAGAAGCUGCAGCAGGCAGCCACCAGGCUGACCAAGGCAGCGGCCGGCGGCGUGCAGCAGCCGCUUCCAAGGCAGCAGCAGCAACAGCAGCAGCAACUCGCGCUGCCACCUGCAGCAGUAGCAGCGGCGGCAGCAGGACCUGCAGGCAGCACGGAGAAUGAAGGGGCGGUGGCCAAUGCAGCGCCCAUGCAGAUAGACAUCCCAGCAGCAGCUGGCGAGCAGCAGCAGCUCAGAGCGCUUGCAGGCGGCAAGCCUGCCGCUGCGGCUGGCAAGGCGGCACGUGGCAAGCGCAAGUCUGCAGGCAGCAGGCAGGUGCGGCAGGCAGCGAGCGAUGAGGAGGAGGAUGGGGACUGGAAGCCCGAGCCUCGUGGGAAUGGCGGCCGGGGCACGCGGGCCUCAGAUAUGGAUGUGGAUGAGCAGCCCUGGGGCGCCGCAGCUCGCAGCGGAGGCGGCCGGGCGGGUUCUGCCGCGGCUGCUGCUGCAGCAGCAGAUGUGGAGGAGCUUGUGGCGAUGGGGUUCAGCGCCAAGCAGGCGCGGGACGCGCUGGAGGAGAGCAGCGGCGAUGUGGAGGCGGCGGUGGAGUGGCUGGUGGCCAACUGCAUGUAG